AUGCAGCUCAUCUGCGAUCUUCUACCUAAUAACCUAGGCUACACACUACCUAACGCUCUGUGCGAGAGUACAACCCGAUCCGAUGUUGCACGGAUGUCCGAGGCACCCCCUGGGCUGCACUAUGGGGGACCUGUUCACAUUCACUGGGAUCUGGGAGAUGGGGCAGAGGGGACCCUCCGGCAGCUCGCAGGUGGCACAGAACCGGGAGGAGAGGCUCAUGCGCCGGAGGGUCCUGCUGUCGAUCAGGGGGAUCUCGACCGGCUGGAGAAAGGGGCUGGCGGGAACCUCAUGUCAUUCCCCAAGGGGAAGAGCAAAGUCCUGGAGACCUGGGGACGAAGAAGCCAGGAGGCUCUCACCGACGCCGAGCCGGUGCUGAGCACGGACGUGCGGCUGACCCGGGGCCGCAGGAGGAGCGAGAGACGCCUUCUCCUCCUCCAGGAGGAACUGGUGAUCGCCAAGUUGCAACGUGGCACCACCGUGCGCCCACAGCUCCGCCUGGCCCUGGACCAGCUGUGGGUGCUGAGUGGCGGAAAGGAGGCAGCGGGGGAGGAGAAAGAGGAGGAAGGCGGCGAUGAGGACAGGACCUCCAUCCUCCUCAUGUGGCCCAGCGGCUCCUGUGUUGCCACUUUCCCCUCCCGGGCGCUGAAGGAGCUGUGGGUGGGCACGCUGCUGGGGACACCAGAAGGAGCCAAGAGAGCCCGGGUGACGCCCGUCCCGUCAAUCAAACUCCUCAAGAAGGAGCUGAGCCACCGCCACGCCUGGAGGACAUUCAGCGCCGGGAGCCUGGAGAGGCUGAUGGAGGGCCAGGCAGAGGCUGGUCCCAAGCAAGGGCCUCCGACGGUCCCGUCUAGCGACGGAGGGGCACUUUGCCACGCACCGGGUGAGUUUCGGGAAGAACGGUAACCUCCUGCAAGCGCUUGAGCUGCGCUCACUUGUCCCUCGAGUGUCGCCAUGCAGGUUGGGCAGCCCGAGGCAGGACGUCACCUGGAGGAGGAAGGACACCCGCUGGGCAGCGGCCGCUGGACGUGGUUCUGCGGGGACACGGAGCCUCUGCUGCUGCCCACAGCUUGGAGGAGGACAGGGCGAGGGCUGGGCCAGGCUCUCCUGGUGGCGUGCCGGCUCUCAGGAGCCUCCGAAGUGGAGCUGCUGAGCCGGAGCUCAGAGUUCCAGCUGCUGGCUCCCUGCCCGUCCUGCUGCACCGCUCAGCACCACGCUGCGGGCAGGGCAGGCCCCGGGAGCACUGGCCUGGCGGUCUCCGUUGACGGGCUCUUGCUCUGUUUUCCUUUGCAGCAGGAGGGAGCAGCAGCAGGAGGAGGAAGAGGAGGGGGCUGCCCUGGCCCUUUGCUCAUCGGAGGAGCCCGGCCGCUGCCCAGGCGCCAGG